GGUGAUGCUUGUUAUAUCUCUCAAGUCACCGUCCAUGUUGGCGAAGAUGCAAAGCUGCUUUUCUGCCGUUCUGCGAAUGAUACCAGUAAACAUUUUCGAGGUUAUCGGGUAUGGAAAAAUGAAGACACGAAUAUCUUCAUUACUUUGUCAAGUGCAAUCGGCACUGGAAAUUGCACAGAAAACGCCACGUUGAGGGAGUUUUGCACCUCGAGAACAGUAUUCUCGGCACACAACCAAACGCAUUUAUUACUUAAAAUCAAGAAUACCAUCCAAACCGAUGAGGGGCUGUAUGGGGUUGGCACUGUAUUUGAGAACCUAAGCGGCAAUCACUUAGAGAAGACCAACUUGUCCGUUAUAGAACUUAAAUUUGAUGGUAAGUGAGACAGUCAUUAGAUACUUCUUUUUACUUAGAUCGGCUAUUCAAAAACAUGUACAGUUGCUACUCUUCAUUAUCUAAGUGCUAUCGCUAUAUAGUCCCCGAAUUAUGCACAUACGUAAUCAUAUCAAGUGGGAAUUUUCCUCAAAUGUAGUUUGUACGUUUAGUGAUCAUAUCAUUUUGUAACCAUUCAUUGCAUGAUCGAAUAUGAUAUUAUAAAUGAAAACUUGGCCUCUCGGCAGGCGAGAGAAUAUGGACCAUAAUAUCACUGCAUUAUAUACAUGUAUCCUAUAUCCUCAGUAUUAUUAUUAUUAUUUUUUUUUUUUUCUUCAGGAAUGUCAACUGUUCCUACAUCUUUAAUUUCAACCAUAAAGUCAGAUCAACCAACUGGUAAGAACUUUUCACCUGUAGUUGUAGUGGUGUACAUGCAUCCUCAAAGGAUAUAUAGCGUCUCUCAAAUCAACUAGCUUUUAUCACAAUUGUCCCAAUAAUUGUUUCAAUCGGUAGAUUUUCUUUUCGUCACUGUAGCCAUUGUCAGAGAUGCUUAUAACAGUUUUUUUUAUCGGUGUUAAGGGAUUUUACUUGAUUAUGGUUAGCAUAGGGCCCUGGCAAGCCUGGAAAUACUGGGGUGGGGGAAGGGGGGGGCGCAAAAUUCGCUUGUUGUAUCUUUUAAGUAAAGGGCUUUUGGUCUCGAGAGCACAUUGGACGGGUGUAAGCCCUUUCUUUGUUGAGGAUGGAAAGAGAAGUGGAUCUAGAGGGCAUACAUCCUCGGAAAACUGAAGGAAAUGAAACACCAGACCUUAAUGUCCAUUUCUCAGAUUUUUGAGCCAUUUUCUGGUUUUUGAUGGGCCAAAAACUCUUUCUAAAAUGUCACUAACUUAUGAAACCCUAUCCUAUAAUUCUGCACGUCAUAUAUACUCUGCCUCAUGCAAUAUUUGUUGACGAUCGAUGGUUUAUUUAUAGGUUCAUACUCAAGUACGUCUUCAACACCUACCUCUGCAAGUGCCUUUAUACCGAUCUUUCCGAUGGCAAAUAUACUUUUUGGAUAUUUUCUACUAUUUGAAAUUAUGUAAGUUUCACCAGUAAUGUGAAUCUAGCCCUCUAGUUCUAAGUACGGAAAUAGAUGAAAGUGAAGUGGAUUUUGUUUUAGAAGAAUUUUUGACAAGUAAACCUUUUUCCAGUUGCCUUUUGUCGACCUGUCAUUCUUAUGUCAACUAGUUGUAGUGUAUUUGUUCGACAUUUCAUUUUCAAAAACAACAAGGUUUGUAUCAGACUCAAAAACAAACUGGACUUGAACUAACAGGAUAGGCCAGCAAAGUGUAAGCAGUUUUACAGCUUACAGAUGAUAUUCGUGAUAUUUUGAGCGUUUAGUCCACGUUUUGACCAUGAAGCAAUCUCGCUCUCCAAACAUUCUACUGACCAAUCACCCGAUCUAACACCCUGAUUGUGCUUCUUGGUCAUACAUUGCUGUUGCAUUUUCAAGUUAUGUAAGACUAUGUAGUCCUUUUUGACUUUCAAGCAUUGGUAUUGAAUGAUUUUUUUUCUUUUCUCAGGAAUAUUUUGGAAAACUUUUAAUGGUUCCUGGGUUUUUCAAACUACGAUCGUGUGGAAGAGUAGAUUAAGUAGAGGUUUAUCUAGUAGUUUUAAGUCUGAGAAAAAAGCUUAAACGUAAGAAAUAGUUGCCCCAUAUUAAAGGUAAUCUAAGACAGUCUUGGAGUCUGGAUUUGACGCUGUGGAUUUCGGAUUCUCGUUGCUGGAUUCCGGAUUCCUUGUAGGUGGAGCUUGAAUUCCGGAUUUUAAUCGUUAGCAGGAUAACAGAUUCCUUUCCCUAUAGCUGAAUUUUGGCUUGAAGCGCAGGAUUUCAGAUUCCACAAGCAAAUUUCCCGGAUUCCGGAAUCCAGAUUACCUUACUUGGGGCGAAAAUGGAUUCAAAUAAUUGGCGACGAUUUUGAUAGAUAAGGGCAUUAUUUCAUACAUAUUGCACACAAAGGCCGUAAAAGACUACGUUUCAAUCAUUUGAUAUAACUUUUUCCCCCAAAUCGCAAAUCCCUGAAGAAUUGAAUGGCAGGAGUUAUGCAAACAGUUGUUUUCUUUUUCUAUCCUCAUAAAGCAGGAAUUACUACACUUCUAGAUAUUAAAUUUCUAGAAUCUAUGUAGUUUUGAUAAAAAGAAAUGAAAUGAAAUGUUAAGUAUAUCCACGCGUUUCGUCAGCGUUUGGAAACUUUGUCUGGGGAGCAAGUCUCAUAUGUUUUUUCAUCGUUUUGAUAUGACAAUGCUGUAUAAAGGUUUCAUUGGUGCCGUAAGUUGGUGUGGUUGGAAAAUCGAGAGCGAAACAAAAUUGUUUAACAGUACCACACACUGUAUCAGUCAAAAAGAAAUCAUACUUUUGAUUACUGAUGAUUAAAUGCGUUUGUUUAAAAUUGUCUCCGUUUGCUUGCUUGUGUUUACUUUUGGGUGGUCACUUUGGGUGAAAAUUGCAGAUUAACUUCGUGAUCGAUCAUCACCAUCAUCAUCAUCAUCAUCACCAUCAUCAUCAUCAUCAUCAUCAUCAUCAUCAUCAGUCAUUACAUUCUCGUUUCUAGAGCCUCCUGUUCCCUUAAGCCUGGUUUUCACUAGCGCAUUCUGUAAGCAUAAGCAUUAGGACAUACGCACGCGCAGAAUGGCAUAUUUAACUCAAUUCUCGAUUGCAGCUCCCCUCAACCCAAUAAUAAACAAGAUGGCAGACGAAGCGUCCGUCAUAUUGCUUUUGAUAUGUUCGCAUCAGGUCCGGAUCAAAGUAACCUAUGAUUGGUCCUCGGCCUUGUGCUGAUACUUGUGCUUAUCUCGACCCAGUUUUCACUAGUCAAAGUUACGACAUAAACAUGAGCAUAAGCAUAAGCACAAGAAAGAACUUGUCCGUUUUUCUUGUGCUUAUGCCUAUGUCUGCCCAGUUUUCACUAGCUUACACAUGUACUUGUGCUUAUGCUUAUGCGUUAGUGAAAACCAGGCUUUAGCAGGCGAGGCCUGAGCACGAGAACCAGGAGGCUCUGGGAGACACAGGAUUUGAAGUCCUUGAUUUUAGGACUUUCCGGUCAUUUCUGAUUUUCUACAGCGUUUCUUAUAGCGUUCACUUGCUCUUGCCAAAGUGUCAAUGCCUGUAUAUUUAAGUGAUUCAAAGCUUUUAAAAGAGAAUCCUCCAACUUACUUUUGUAUUCCAAAUGACCGGAGGUCCUAAAAUCUAGGACUUCAAAUCCUGUGUCCCCAGAGCCUCGAUCCUAGUCCUCGUGCUCAGGCCUCGCCGGCUAAGGGAACAACAGGACCUGGGGACGAGAAUGCAGUCAUUAUUAAGACCAUUAUAAACGUGAAUUAAAUGUAAUAAGAAAGAACGCUGGUCUCAAAUGUUUUUCAUUUUAAAUAUUUUUAUUUAUUUUCACUAUACUUUCGUGUGCGAGAGAAUAAUUAUAGUCGAUUACUUACGUAAACUUGAUAUAGUGACAAGUGGCGUGGUUAUUGCCGCGUUACGUUUUGGCCACCUAACAAUGAUUGGCACUGCGCGCACCGCCAGGUCAGCUUCAUCUGCGUUCAGUCUU